UUAUUUUCUAUCUCUCGUCGUGGAGCAGGAGACAAGAGGUCGCUCAACUUUUGAUGGAAAACAAGAAGUCUGACUUUUAAAGGUGAUAGUGAGCAGAGGUGCUGAGAAUGAUGGACCAUCUCAGCGAGGCGUGUUUGGGAAAGGAGAACUCCGACCUGGUCAACAGCAUGGCGGACGCCAAGGCCCCGCCGGCCAAGCUGCCCCGGCUGGAGCAGAACGGCAGCCCACUGGGCCGGGCCAGGCUGGGCAGCACCGGGGCCAAACUAGCCGGGGUCCCGUACAAACCCACCGGACACCUGCUGAAGACCUGCCACAAGAGAGGCAACAUGCUGCCCGUGUUCUGUGUGGUCGAGCACUACGAGAAUCCCAUGGAUUUCGACAGCAAGGAGGAGCACGCCGAGUUCGUCCUGGUGCGCAAGGACAUGCUCUUCAACCAGCUCAUCGAGAUGGCCCUGCUGUCGCUGGGCUACUCCCACAGCUCAGCGGCCCAGGCCAAAGGUAUGAUUCAGGUGGGGAAGUGGAACCCCGUCCCCCUGUCAUACGUGACAGACGCACCGGACGCUACAGUGGCCGACAUGCUGCAGGACGUCUACCACGUGGUCACGCUUAAGAUCCAGCUGCACAGUUGUCCUAAGCUGGAGGACCUGCCGCCCGAGCAAUGGAGCCACUCUACAGUAAGAAACGCCCUCAAGGAGUUACUCAAAGACAUGAAUCAGAGCUCUCUGGCUAAAGAAUGUCCCUUAUCACAGAGUAUGAUUUCCUCCAUUGUGAACAGCACUUACUAUGCAAAUGUGUCGGCGGCGAAGUGUCAGGAAUUUGGGCGCUGGUAUAAACAUUUCAAGAAGACAAAAGAUAUGAUGGGCAUGCGCCAACCGUCCCAGCUGGAGGGCUACCUUGGGACGUGUGUCCUCCGUGAGAGUCCGCGUGCCAAUGCACUAGCAGAGAUGGACGGCCUGUCCGACCUCUCUCCACCCGGCUCUAAUCACAGCCACAAUCACAACCACAACCACAACCACCUGGGCUUCUCCCAGCAGCAGCAGCCCAUCCCCGGCAGCACGGCAGAGCAGACUCCCUCCUCGCCGGUGCCCCCGAUGCCCCACGCCCCACCGCAACACGGCGGCCAGACUGGAGGCCGACAGCCCCAGCUUCCCGGCAUGCACCACCCGGGCCUGGUGUCCACGCCCAUCAGCCCCCAGCUGGUCAACCAGCAGCUGGUGAUGGCGCAGAUCCUGAACCAGCAGUACGCGGUGAACCGGCUGCUGGCCCAGCAGUCCCUGUCGCAGCAGUACCUCAACCACCCGCCGGUCAACCGCAACUCCCACAACAAGCCCAUGGAGCCACAGGUGUCCUCAAACACAGAGGUGUCCCUCGAGAUCUACCAGUGGGUGAGGGACGAGCUGAAGCGGGCCGGCAUCUCACAGGCCGUCUUCGCCCGCGUGGCCUUCAACAGAACGCAGGGCCUGCUGUCCGAGAUUCUGCGUAAAGAGGAGGACCCGAAAACAGCGUCCCAGUCGCUGCUGGUCAACCUGCGCGCCAUGCAGAACUUCCUGCAGCUGCCGGAGGCCGAGCGCGACCGCAUCUACCAGGACGAGAGGGAGCGCAGCCUGACGGCGGCCUCGGCGAUGGGCGCCCCUCCGCUCAUCAGCACCCCGCCCAUCCGACCUGUACAGGUGAAACCGUCGCCUAUGCCCAGCGAGUGGAACGGCAAAACAGAGAGCUGCAUCCUCAACAUCAACUCCACCAUCUACGACGAGAUCCAGCAGGAGAUGAAGAGGGCCAAAGUCUCCCAGGCCCUGUUCGCUAAGGUGGCCGCCUCCAAGAGCCAGGGCUGGCUCUGUGAGCUGCUGCGUUGGAAGGAGGAUCCGUCUCCGGAGAACCGAACGCUCUGGGAGAACCUCUCCAUGAUCCGCCGCUUCCUGAGCCUCUGCCAGAUGGAACGCGACGCCAUCUACGAGCAGGAGAGCAGCACCGGGCAGCAGCAGCAGCAUCACAACGAGAGGCCGACGCACCUGAUGCACAUGUCCGCCGAGCAGCCGCAGGCUCAGCCGCCCCACUCCAUGCAGCAGCAGCAGCAGCAGCAUCAUCAGCAGCAUCAGCAGCAUCAUCAUCAUCAGCAGCAGCAGCAUCAGUCCUCCCUGUCCCUCCAGCACCCCUCCCAACCCCAUUUGUCCCAGCAGCCCUUGCAGCAACUGCAGCCCUGCACCGGACCCCGUCUUCCGCCCCGCCAGCCCUCCACCGCUUCCCCGGCGGAGACGGAGGACGAGGGCGGCCGCGGAGGGAGCAUCAAGUCCCGGACGUGUGGAGGGAAGAUCUCCCUGGAGGCUCUGGGCAUCCUGCAGAGCUUCAUCCAGGACGUGGGCCUGUACCCGGACGAGGAGGCCAUCCACACCCUGUCGGCCCAGCUGGACCUGCCCAAGCUCACCAUCAUCAAGUUCUUCCAGAACCAGCGCUUCUACAUCAAUCACCCGGCCAAGGCGCCCAAGGAGCCCAGCAACAACAACAACAGCACCGCAGCCACCGCCAACAACACCAACACCAGCAGCAGCAGCAGCAGCAGCCCGGCCUUCGAGGAGGAGCUGACGGACUUCAGGGAGAGCGGAGAGCUGCUGAAGGAGCUGGACGACAGCACGCAGACCAACAGCACCAUCUUCUCCAUCAAGAUCGAGGAGCAGCUGGCCCGAGGCGCCGAGGCCCAGUCGGAGUCGGAGCACGAGGCCAAGGAGUAGGACGCUCCCCGUCUGAACAUGUACUGACAGCUCCUCUUGUGCUCACACACACACAGACUGACGGCUGUGCUCGAUGUAAACGCUCCGGCCGACACAGAACCACGCCACUGCAAAUAAAGAAGAGUCGUGUUUUUAAUCAGUACCGCGUCUGGACUAUGAGAGGAGUGUUUAUAAAUAUAAAUCAUUUGCAGACUGACUAUGUCAAGUGUUCACACACUGGAAAAAGCCCAUUUCAGACUCAAGUACUACUUUUUGGAUUUUGUAAAACUUGUAUUAUUCACUGUAAAGACUGAUGCAUCAUUUAAACAAUCUGCACAAAAAAUUAUUCUAAGUAUGUUGCCGUGGAUAUUUGCUGACUGCACUCUAUGUCUGUUGUUUUACACUGACUUACUUUAACUUUUUUGAGCUACUGAUUAUAUUUAAAAAAACAAAAAAAGAAGAAAAAAAGUCCCCCCCUGGAGUUUGCUAGGACUUUGAUAGGUGUUUACGUACGUGAUGUUUAACUGGAUUUUUAAAAAAUAAAUAAUCAUAAUAAUAAUAGCAAAUGAAAUCAAGGACCAAGUGGUUGACAAGGCCUUAAUCAUGAGGUAUCAAGUCUGGAGCCUGCUGGCAGAUUAGUUAUUCUUUUUAAAAAAAGCGCAUAAUGUGAUUAUGGACGACUCCAAACUCUGGAAUCGAUCACCCGGCCCAGGUGACCCUCCGAGAAUAGCUCAGUCUUUACGUAUUAUUUGUUAGGGAGGAAAUAUAAAUAUAUAUAUAUAGACAUUAUAUUGUAACUGUAAAAAAAAAAAAGAUACAGUCUUAAAGAAACUAUGCCAACAAAUGCCUUGUACUAUACGGCACUGCCGAUGUUAGAUUAUUUUGCAAAACCUUUGUCACUGUAACUCUCUGAAUUGCCACACAGUUAGAAAUGUGAAUUACACCAUGUUUAUGUUGUCCGACAUUAUUAUUUAUUUGCAGUUCAUGCAGUGUUUCUGAUGUAAUUACUUUUUUUUCUUUUUUUUUUUAAGUUUAUGUUACGUAGAGCUUUUUUUUUUUAUUCCACAGAGCUUUUUUUUUUUCUAUUUAUAAAUGUGAUUUCGAUGGGCAGUAAAAACAAAAAGUGUCUUAAACGUUUUAAAUGGAGAAAUGUGCUUUAAAGGUUGCCUAUAAAAAGUGCUGUAUGUUGAGCAACUCAUGCUACAAGCUUCACAAUUAAUGUUGUAUGCAAUUUUUACUAUCAUGCAAAUAAGCUUAGGUAAAAUGACUAACCUAUAGAACACCUUAGAGAGAAAAACAUAUGCAAUCUGUGUGAAAAUCGAUGUCUGCGAUGUGUCUUCCUUUGGUUAACAAUCCAAUUCAAAAAGCUAUUCCUGUAUAAAUAUUCUGUAUAAAAGUGUUUCUUUUUUAUCGGUUUAUUUCAAUGAGAACACCAGUUAUUUUGUUACGACUGACUGUUUUAUAAGUGUUUCUCGGUUCCUUUCUGCAGAAAAUGUUCUAACUAGAAGUGGUUAUUGAUUGUUAAUUACACAAUUAAACUGUUUGUAUUGUACCACAGAUUUCUUGGCAUUAACUUGACCAGACUCUUUUGGCACCAGAGUGGGGGAUGUUGUUUUUUUUUUCUUUCUCCUCUGCGGACAAUAGAUGAAACAAUGUGAAUUGUUUUUAAAACUCCACUGCUAAGAGAUAUCAACUCCUUCAGCUGCAGUCACUGAACACGUUAUUUGUAAUAACUGUAAAUAUCACAUCUUAUGAAUCAUUGAUUGUUUAUUAUUGUAAAUAUAUUUGAAAGUCUGUGCAAGAGCUCUCCGUACGAAUCAACGCUCUGUCGUGCCUCUUCCUCUCAGUACCUGGGCUCCUCUACUGCAUCUUCACUUCUACUGCUGAGUGUAUCUGAAGCACCUGUGAAAAAUCUGAAAAUAAAGAAAUGUGAGGUGUGAAAACACCUGUAACGGCGAAGCCCUCUGCAGGGAGUUAAGGUAGAGAAAACUGCACAGCUGUCCUGACCUCGCCGUGAACCCCAGGUGAGGCCAGGUGUCUGCUCCUUUAGGAAAUUACCCUCACCUGUUAACACCCUGCGAUAUGUGCCAGCCAGUCUGGGCCGGCGUUCCCCCCUUUGAUG